UGUUGUUUAAGAGCGCAGCGCUGCUCGAGCGACACUCAUUGAACUCAGUGUUUGAAAGACUGUGAUUCCGCUCCGAGAAAUGGCAGAAACCGCUCCAGCAGCCGCCGCUCCGCCGGCCAAAGCGCCCAAGAAGAAGUCCGCCGCCAAAGCCAAGAAAGCAGGCCCCGGCGUCAGUGAUCUGAUCGUCAAAGCCGUGUCCGCGUCCAAGGAGAGGAGCGGCGUGUCCCUCGCCGCCCUGAAGAAAGCUCUCGCCGCCGGCGGCUACGACGUGGAGAAGAACAACUCCCGCGUCAAGCUCGCCCUCAAGAGCCUGGUGACUAAAGGCGCCCUGCUGCAGGUCAAAGGGACCGGCGCCUCCGGCUCCUUCAAGAUCAGCAAGAAGCAGACCGAGACUAAGAAGAAAGCGGCUCCUAAAGCCAAGAAGCCCGUGGCCAAGAAACCCGCUGCUGCCAAGAAGCCCAAGAGCGCAGCUGCAAAGAAGCCCGCCGCUAAGAAAUCCCCCAAGAAGGCCAAGAAACCCACUGCCGCCGCUAAGAAGGCCACAAAGAGCCCCAAGAAGGCGACGAAGAGCCCCAAGAAAGCAAAGAAGCCCGCGGCGCCCAAGAAAGCAGCCAAGAGCCCCAAAAAGGCCAAGACCGCCAAACCCAAGACGGCAAAGCCUAAAGCUGCCAAGCCUAAAAAGGCAGCUCCCAAGAAGAAAUAAAACUCUUCUUGUUUCUUCCCCAACGGCUCUUUUCAGAGCCACCCACAAACUCGAAAGAAAGAGCAAAAGAAAGACCUGCACUCACACUAUUAGUGGAAGUGAUAAUAAUAAAUAACGUUUACGUUAGCUUUUCUAAAGUUGUGUAUAUUAUCCGUUUUUUACUUAUAUUAUAUAAUAUAACAAGCAAAAGAGGGCCUCUUAACACCACCUGAACUUAUAUUAUUUAUU